GUGCCUACGGCAGAAUCCCAAGAAUGGCAUCAUGCACGUGGGCCACAAUAGAGGCGUCGUCUCAAUGUGGGCUCCGAACGUCAAGGAGCCUGUGGUCAAGAUGGGCUGUCAGAAUGCGCAGGUGAUGGCUCUUGCAGUCAGCGACAACUACAUGGUCACCGCGGGAGCUGAGUCUAAGUGGAAGGUGUGGGAUCUGCGGACCUACAAGGCUCUGCACUCCUUCAGGACGCAUGGCCACACCGUGACCAGCCUUGACGUGCCCCUCGGCAAGAGAUGCACGAAGCGGCUCGGAGGAACCAACGGCGCCACCCGGCUGAGCACGGGGCUCUACCCGGCUCUACCCUAA